GACAGCGGUGAGCGGGAGGAAGGCGACUGGCGCCAUCUUGGCUGUUUUAAUGAGUACAACAGGGAAGAAUUUGCUGGGAGAAAUAACUUAAUCAUUGGGGUUUCGCUCAAGAGGGGAUACUGUCGGUAAAUUAUACCACAGGGUGAGCGUGUGACCCAGGAGAAGCAGGGCAAUGUUCUACGCCCACUUUGUCCUCAGCAAACGUGGGCCGCUGGCCAAGAUCUGGCUGGCGGCCCAUUGGGACAAAAAGCUGACCAAGGCCCAUGUGUUUGAAUGCAACCUCGAGAGCAGUGUGGAGAGCAUCAUCUCACCCAAGGUGAAGAUGGCAUUGCGUACAUCAGGCCACUUGCUCCUUGGGGUGGUGAGAAUUUACCACAGGAAGGCCAAAUAUCUGCUUGCUGACUGUAAUGAAGCUUUCAUCAAGAUCAAAAUGGCUUUUAGACCAGGUGUAGUGGAUCUACCUGAGGAAAACAGAGAGGCAGCGUACAAUGCUAUCACCUUACCUGAAGAAUUCCAUGAUUUUGACCAGCCACUUCCAGAUCUGGAUGACAUAGAUGUUGCUCAGCAGUUCACCCUGAACCAGAGCAGAGUAGAGGAGAUCACCAUGAGGGAAGAUGUUGGCAACCUGAGCCUCUUGCAAGACAAUGACUUUGCUGACUUUGGCAUGGACGACCGAGAGAUGAUGCGUGAUGCCAGCACAUUUGAGGAGGAUAUAAUACAUGGUGCGACGGCUUCUAACCUGUUGCUUGAGGCUGAACCUGGUCCAGCUAAUCUUCCUGACAAAUCCAACCACAUGGAGUAUGAUGACUUUGGGGACGGCUCCAUGGGCAACAGUGACGGGGGGAUGCUGGUUGACAAACUGCUGAGCUCUGAAGACGGCGGCGGUAUCUUUGACGAUCCUCCAGCUAUUACAGAAAGUGUCAUGAUGCCUCCAGAUCAUGGUGAUGAUGAGGAUGACUUUGACAACCUCCAGUCACCGGGCCCAGACAGCCCAGACUCAGGUCCACCAGAGCCCCUGCCUGCCAUGGCUGACCAGACAGAACAGACCACUCUGGUUCACAAUGAGGAGGAGGCCUUUGCCCUGGAGCCCAUUGAUAUCACUGUUAAAGAGACCAAGGCCAAGCGUAAAAGGAAACUGAUUGUGGACAGCGUGAAGGAGUUGGACAGCAAGACCAUCAGAGCCCAACUGUCUGACUACUCAGAUAUUGUCACCACCCUGGACCUUGCCCCUCCCACUAAGAAGCUUAUGAUGUGGAAGGAAACUGGAGGAGUGGAGAAGCUCUUCUCUCUGCCUGCUCAGCCCCUCUGGAAUGCCAGGCUGCUCAAGAUGUUCACACGUUGCCUGACACCUCUGGUGCCAGAUGAGCUGAGGAAGAGGAGGAAGGGAGGCGAAGCAGACAGUCUGGAUGAGUUCCUCAAAGAACUGGAGAACCCAGAGGUGCCUAGAGACGAGGUCUUAACUCAGCACAGAGAUGUUACUGACCAGCCUAUCAUGGAGGAGCCCAGCAUACUGGCAGCCUCUGCAAUGGAGGGCAGCAGAACGGCCUUGGAUGAAACUGUCAUGCCCCCUCCCUCCACCCCACGUGCAGUCAAACGCAAGGCUCUUGACAAAGACGGCACCCUUCCUAUGGUUCCCUUGGAGCCGCAGCAGUUGGCUGACCGCUCAGUCGUGCCUCAGAGGUUAGACAUGCCUCAGGUGGAAUUGCCCCCAGAGGAGAGUAGUCUCAACCUCACAGACCUUGUCCCUGAACUCAACCUUCUUGGGGAGAAGGAAAAAGACAAGAAGGAUGAAAGCGAUGAAGAGGAGGAAGAGGAAGGGCAGGGUGGAGAUCAAGAUCAGGAAGAGAAGAGAUGGAACAAGAGAACCCAACAGAUGCUGCAUGGUCUCCAGCGCGUUAUGGCUAAGACUGGUGCACAGUCUGUUAGUCUGCUGGACUUGUGCCGGAACAACAACAGGAAGCAGGCAGCCGCCAAGUUUUACAGUUUCCUCGUCUUGAAGAAGCAGCAAGCCAUCGAAGUGACCCAGUCUGAGCCCUACAGCGACAUCAUCGCCACAGCUGGACCAAAAUUCCACCUUAUUUAGACAUUGGAAGAACCAACAAACACUGCUUGCAACAGGCAUACAUUUUUGAUUCUGAACUAUUUUCCUUUUUAUUUUGUGUUUUCCUGAUGCCCCCCC